CUUCAAAAUGCGCUAUAUUUAUCAGAAAUAAUGCGUUUCAUAGUAGUCUUAGCGUCAUUAGUUUGCCAAUGUCUGGUUAAUGGCCUUCAUGUACGACAUCGCAUAAACGAUGUUGUGGAAAAUGUUACACACAAAGAAAAUACUUGUGAUCAUAAAACGCAAGGUAUCGCCCGCCUGAUCACGGAAAAAGAGGAUCCGUCUUCCGGGAUUGAAGUUACACUGCUCCUUGAGCAUAAUAAGUUAAAUAUUUUAAAGGGUAAUAAAGAUCUAAAACGUUUUACUCUAACACAUCUAAAGACACCCAUACUCAUUAAGACGAGCGAGUGUCUGACUAUCGACAACGGGCAAGAAGAACUUUUCUUAUGCUUCCCAAAUAAUUAUAGCCUUAACAGUUGGUGGAUGGCCUUAUCGAAGCAAAUAUUAUGCAACAACCAAGGUAGUGUGCGCAAUGAAAUAUAUGGAGAAGCUACUUUGGAGGAAACUCAAGCGGAUAUAAACUCAUUGAAAUCUGACGAAGAAAAAACAGGUAUUAACAUACACAUAGAUGAACGUGAUCCUGCGAAAUUCCCGCAAAUAAAGGUGCAUUACAAGGAAUAAUUAAGCAUUCUGUUCUUUUGUUUAAUGGGUGGUAAAUAUACCUGCCAAAAUCUGGUGUUGGAGGAACGAAUCUAU